AACCCUUGUUGCUCUACUAGCCGUCAUCCCUAAUCUCCCCACCCUUCUUCUCUCCUUCUCCCUCACUCCUCACGGUAGCAGCAGCCCAUCCACACCACAGGCUACGUGAGCCUCGCCACCAACACCACCAUCAGCCGGAAGCCAGCCACGUAGCAGCAGCCCAGCGUCCUCUCUCCUAGCAGCAGCCACGGCUGCGUUUUGCCCCCAACAGCAGCAGGCUGCUGUGACGCCAAGUUUAGCACCACCACGCAACUUUCCCUCCACCAUCACGCACGGUGGGUCUCAUCACCACCACAAAAACCACCAACCUCUUGACCCAUUUUCUAGUUCCACCCAUUGCACAACUACGAGAAAGAAAUAGAGGAUAGUGUAUUCCCAAAAAUCAAUCAAAGAUGUUAAAGUUCUUAUCAAAAGUAAAAUUAGAAUUCAACGCACUGGACUCCCGUGCAGGUGCGUGUAUGGAAUUCUUAGCUCAAUGCAGUGCCGGCACAGCCAGGGAUUCCAAUCCAUCUUGCCAAGUUGAAGUCAAAAGGCGAACCGAUGAUCACCCACCUCAAAUCAAGGUCACUUUCGUCAAUGGUGUCGAAGAAGUUUUUGAUGCUUCCAUAACUUCUGCUCAAUCAAUUCGUUCUCUCAUCCUUGAUAAAGGUCGGUAUCUUGAAAUUGAGCAGAUGUUUCGUGAUGGUGGUCAUGGUUGGCCUAUCAUUAUUCCUGAACAAGAGCUUCAUGAACCUGUUCCUAGUAUCAAGCCUAGAAAAGCAGAGGACAAAAAGCAAUAAUUGCCCUUUGCCAAAAAAAGGCGAUUUGAAGCUUUUUAGCCAAGAUUGUUCAUACAGGAGAAGCUUCUCAAAGUGUUUAGUGUUUCCAAGAGAUUUAUUUCAUUCGGACUUGGGACUUGUGCUGCGGUCUGUCUGAUACUCGUUUUGACUCAAUGUCGAUCACUUUAGUCGUGUUCUUUUGAUAUGGAUGGAUAUAUUAAUCUUUCCUUUGCAUUUUGGUCUUUGUUUGGUGUAGAGGAAAAUGUGAUUUUGGUGAGUUUUGACAAGUAAUAAUACCCUUGAUGGGUUUUAAUUUCUAUUAGUUUUUUGUAACCUUUGAAUGAUAAAAACUCCACACAGGAGUUUAUCCUUGACCAACAAUAGUACUUUGAAUUGAAGACUGGUUGGAGUA